AUGGUGUCGACCAAUAAAACCAAUAAUGACCAGAUGUCCAUAUCGUUUGCCGGAUGCGGUUUUCUCGGCCUCUAUCACAUUGGUGUGGCUUCAUGUUUGAAAAACUAUGCACCCGUCGGCAAUCGGACACUACUGGUUGGUACAUCGGCCGGUGCACUGGCCGCUACAUCAAUGUGCUUGAAUUUAUCGCUAGUCGAUGUUGCGGCCACUAUCUUGUCGGUGGCCACCGAUGCCCGUACCCGAUCGCUUGGUGCGUUUGAUCCUAGUUUCGAUGUCAAUCGGAUACUACACGACAAACUGGACUCAAUGCUACCUAACGAUUGUCAUACGCAAGCCAACGGUCGACUGGUCAUCGGUAUGACCCGUGUAGCCGACGGCAAGAAUGUACUAAUCAGUCAGUUUGAUAGCAAACAGGAUCUCAUUGAUGCUAUAAAAUGUUCCAGUUUUAUACCGUUAUGGUCGGGUAUAUUGCCGCCAAAAUUUCAGGGUAUCGCCUACAUAGACGGCGGUUUUACCGAUAACUUGCCAGUCAUUGACAAACACACAAUAACUGUGACACCGUUUUCUGGCCAAUCGGAUAUAUGUCCGUUGGACGACAUGGACGACAACAACAUUAACAACAAAACUAAUAAUAGCAGUCUGUAUGGUCUAAAUAUGGCCAACUUUUCCCUAACGUUGACUAAUCUGUACCGCGGAAUACGUACACUAUUUCCCGCCCAUCCCGAAGCCAUAUCGCGUGUAUGUCAACAGGGUUUCGAUGAUGCGCUCCGUUAUCUCCGACAAAAAAAUAAGAUAGCCUGCACUAGAGGUUUGGCCAUAAAGUGGUCGCUAAUAACCGUUGUGGCCGACGGCGGCGGCGAUACCGAUAAAAAUUCCGUUAAAGGCGACUAA